GCACGGCGCGCGCGGCCGGCUGCUUGGCGCCGCGGCCGACAGAGGGCAGCAGUGCGUGAGCGGUCCGUCCGGGCCUGGCGGCCGCAGGUGUCCGCCGUGCCAUGUUCUACUCGGCCUAUGACAGUCUGCUGGCGGCCGGCGGCCGGUAUAGCGCGAUGAGCGCCUGUCCAAUGCCGCUGCCACCGCUGCCGUUCGCCAAGCUGUGGAGCCCGUGGCUGCCCGAUCCACUGGCGGCGCUGACGCUGAAGGGCGGCCUGGCCGGCUCCACCGGGCUGGGGGCGCCGGCGCUGGCCUCGCCCAUCGGCCACAUGUGCCAGACGUGCGGCAUGACCUUCCCCUCCAAUGAGAAGCUUGAGGUGCACGAGGUGGGCCACGGUCCCCCCACGCAGGUGUCCUGUCACGUGUGCAACAAGACGUUCGCCCACAUCUACGGCCUGCAGCGACACAUGAUCAGUCACGAGGAGUCGGCAAACGUGCGCAAGUUCAAAUGCGACAUUUGCAGCAAGGCUUUCAAGUUUAAACACCACCUGAAGGAGCACACCCGGAUACACAGCGGCGAGAAGCCGUACGUCUGCACCGACUGCGGCAACCGGUUCUCUCACUCGGGCUCGUACUCGUCCCACCGCUCGUCCAAGAAGUGUCGCGGCCGCACCCUGCAGCAGAGCCAGGCCAAGGGCUCGCCGGCGCUGCGGUUCGAGCUACCGUUCCCGCUGUACACUGGCGGCCAGCCGGGCCAGGUGGCGGUGAGCGCCGCCGGCCUGCCGCCGCCGCCGGCGCCGCCGGCCGCCGGCCCGCCGCCCGAGCCGGUCGCCGCGCAGAAGCUCAGCGACGACGAGCUGCAGCGCAGCGUGCAGCAGAUGGUCGACUCGCGGCACGAGCAGCUGUGCCGCGCGGCCGUGCCCGAGGGCGAGCGGCUCAGCGAGGGGCUGGCCGCGCGACUCAGCGAACUCAUGGCCAAACAGCAGAAGACCACCGGCCCCGGCCCGGAGGAGACCAGCGACAACGAGUCGUCGCAGCACAGCGACGAUGGCCAGAAGCAGCGCGUGCGCUACAAGUUCUCGGACGAGCAGCUGCUCGUGCUGCGGACAAGCUACAUCAUGAACUCGAAGCCGCGCCGCGAGGACGUCAACCGCAUCUCGGAGCGACUGGGCAUCUCGCCGGAGGUGGUGCGCGUCUGGUUCCAGAACACGCGCGCCCGCGACAAGCGUGAGGGUAAGCCGUUCGCGCUGCCGUGCUUCCCGGCGGGCCUGGUGCGGCCGACGGCCGAGCGGCCGCCGCUGCCGCCCGUCUACUCGGCCGUGCCUAUGUUCUACUCGCCGCUACCUCACCUGCCGUCCCUGCUGGCGCCGCCCACGCCGCCCGAGCAGUACGACCAGCCGCUGGACCUGUCCACCAAGCGGUCGCCGGCCGGCAGUGCGUCGCCGCCGCCCGUCAGCGACGCCUCGUCGCGGGCCUCGACGCCGACGCCGCCGCCGCCGCCCGGCGCUGUGACGUCCGAGGGCGGCCCGAUGACGUCAGCGGUACAGCAGCUGCUGCGCGCCGCCGAGCAGGAGAUAUACGCGGAGACGAGGAAGCGCCAGCAGGCCGAGCUGAGCGGAUCGGGAGACGACUCGUCCAGCGAGACGGGCAAGAAGCGGCGGCUGGCGCGGCCCGGCGAGGACCUCUUCCAGUGCGACCAGUGCGACAAAGCCUUCAACAAGCAGAGCUCGCUCGCCAGGCACAAAUACGAACAUUCCGGCAUGAGGCCGUACAAAUGCGAGGACUGUCCGAAAGCCUUCAAGCACAAGCACCACCUGUCGGAGCACAAACGUCUCCACAGCGGCGAGAAACCAUACCAGUGCAAGAAAUGCCAGCGCUUCUCCCACUCGGGCUCCUACAGUCAGCACAUUAAUCACCGGUACGCCUACUGUAAACCGUACCGGGAGUAGACCAAAUCAGCUGAGCCCGGCGCGUGCGGAAGCCAUCAGCUGGUGGCGGACCGGCGCGCCGGCUCUCUAUGUAUUCCAUAAUGAUAGCGCCAACUCGUCGACAUGCGAUGGUUUUAUCGAAAUUACAACGACAUAAUAAUUGUUACGAUGCAAUAAGGUUUCACCGUGCGUCUCCGAUUACUGUCUUACACAGAUGUGGACUGUGAUGGAUGAGGAGAAAGAUAUUACCCCUCAUCCGUGCCAAAACUCCAUAGCGUAUUAUUUUUUGACGGUCGGUUCUAUUAUGUCUUAGGCAGUAUGUCGUUAGAAAUGUGUAAAUUUUAUGUAGAAUAGACAUAUAGUCUGUGAGCUCUUCAGCUGUGCCAAAUGACAUAGAACAUAGCUUUAGUCUAGUAGCGAUGUCGCAAGAACAGUGUACUACUGUUUCAGACAAUCUGUUUCCAGUGUCGGUCGUGUCUUACGCGAGUGCAUUUGUCCGUGUGCAUGAGCGGUCACGAACGAGAGGUGGAGCAGGUCACGUGGGCGAGUACCUGGUAAAAUACUCAUGUGCGGGCGUGUUCGGGGUCUGCCCCGUCGGAGCCUGUCCAGUUUGUU